CGCCAGUACAAAACCCUGUAAAGACCCGCUGUGCCUGUGUUGCAUGUUGUGGCUGUCUUUGCUACGGCAAGCUGUACUAGACUGCCAUUUCCCUAAACUUUGAUCUUUCUAAGCUGUUCAGUUUUCUCAAGAGUUCCACAUGGAGCUGUUGGAGGAACAGAUCAACACAAUCAAGAGCCUUCUGUUGGUGCCAUAUGAGUGCGUACCUCCGGCCGUGUUCCUGUACGGCCACCCGAGCACGGGCAAGACGACGGCUCUCACCCACGUGCUGUCCCAGUUCGCCGGCCUCAGCGCCGUGGUCAGCUGCGUGGAGUGUUACACGCCCGCGCUGCUCUUCCAGCUCGUCCUGCGCCAGCUGGCCGGCGAGGAUCAAAGGUGUGACAGUGUGAGCAGUUUUGUAUCAACACUGCAGCGCAUUGCGGAUGAACACCCUGAAGAAAAUAUCGCCAUUGUGCUGAAGGACGCUGAGCGGCUGCGGGACCAGGACGCGUCGCUGCUGCCGACCCUGCUGCGGCUGCAGGAGCUGGCCGCCCGCCCCGUGUGCCUCGUGCUCGUCUCCAACAUCAUCUGGGACAAGUUCCUGACACCGGGCGGCCUGCCGCAGCCGCUGCUGGUGCAUUUCCCGCAGUACAGCCGCGGGGCGCUGCUGGAGAUCCUGGCGCUGGACCGGCCGGCUGAGGUGGAUGAACAUUUCUACCGUGGUUUCCUCAGCCUGCUACUGGCCGUGUUUCUGGCACCCUGUCGCAACCUGCGCGAGCUGCGCUACCUGGCCCGCGCCAACUUCGCCCGCUACAGAGAGCCGGUGCUGGCGGGGGAGGUGGACGCCGGCGACGCCCGCCGCCUCUGGCGCCACGUGGAGCCCCACCUCAAGGCCGCCCUGAAGACCGUCUACCUGCGCGAGGUCUCCAGGUGA